AUGUCGCGGGGAAUUUCGCCAAUGGCGAAUAUCUAUUGGCGAAAUUCCGAAUUGGCGAAGUUACAGAAAGCCGAUAUCCGACAACUAAAUCUUCAGUGGCUUCGUUCUCAAUUCGGUCUUGUUUAUCAAGAACCAAUUUUAUUCGAUUUAACACUAGCCGAAAAUAUAGCAUAUGGCUUAGAAAAUGUACCAAUGGAAGACAUCAUUAAUGCAGCACGAAAAGCUAAUAUUCAUCAAUUUAUUGAUCAAUUACCUCAGGGUUAUCAAACAAAAGUAGGGUUGAAAGGUAAUUUUCUAUCAGGUGGUGAGAAGCAACGUAUUGCUAUUGCUCGAGCUCUUGUUCGCCAACCUAAAGUACUGCUCUUAGAUGAACCGACAAGUGCCAUGGAUUCAUACAAUGAACAUAUUGUACAAGAAGCCCUUGAACAAGCUCAAAUAGAAGACCCCAAUAGAACAUCGCUUAUUAUUUCACAUCGUCUUUCAACUAUUUGCUCAUGUGAUUUGAUUUGUGUACUUGAUAGAGGACAGAUAGUGGAAAGUGGUACUCAUGCAGAACUGACACGACGACGUGGCACUUAUUAUAGAAUGCUUGCUCAAAAAGAUUUACAAUAA